GUGUUAGAGUUAAAGGGGUUUGAGGGAAGAGGAAGGAGAUGAAGAGUGAUGAUCAAGCAAGGUUUUUGUUUGGGAUUUCACUAACUGAUAGACCCAAAUGGCAACAAUUCCUCAUUUGCUCUUCUGGAUUCUUCUUUGGUUAUCUUGUUAAUGGCUUAUGUGAGGAGUAUGUAUACAAUCGACUGGGAUUCAGCUAUGGGUGGUAUUUUACCUUUGUACAAGGUUUUGUAUAUCUAUUUCUCAUACGUAUACAAGGUUUCACCACAAAGCAAAUGGUGAACCCGUGGAAAAUAUAUGUGAAGCUCUCUGUUGUACUCAUGUGUUCUCAUGGAUUAACAAAGGGCUCCUUGGCUUAUCUAAACUAUCCAGCACAAAUCAUGUUCAAAUCCACUAAGUUACUACCGGUAAUGGUAGUGGGCGCCUUUAUGCCUAGCUUAAGGAGAAAAUACCCGGUUCAAGAAUAUGUUUCAGCUGUGCUUUUCGUUGGGGGCCUGGUAUUUUUCACGUUAGCAGAUGCCAAUACUUCUCCGAAUUUCAGUAUCAUCGGUGUCAUUAUGAUAACUGGUGCACUGGUAAUGGACUCUUUUCUCGGUAAUCUGCAGGAAGCGAUUUUUACACUGAAUCCUGAUACUUCUCAGAUGGAGAUGCUAUUCUGCUCGACAGUCGUUGGGGCUCCUGUUCUACUUCUUCCCAUGAUACUAACAGGAGAACUUGUGGUUGCAUGGAAAUCAUGUUCUGAGCAUCCAUAUGUUUAUGGGGUCUUGGUAUUUGAAGCAAUGGCCACAUUCAUCGGUCAAAUUUCAGUUUUAUCACUCAUUGCUAUCUUUGGUGCUGCCGCUACUGCUAUGGUAACAACAGCAAGAAAGGCUGUGACAUUGUUGUUGUCAUACUUGAUCUUUACUAAGCCACUAACCGAACAACAUUUCUCUGGAUUGCUGUUAAUAUCAAUGGGAAUUGUUUCGCGCCUCUUGCCUGACAGUAAACCUCCUCAACGAGCUGUGAAAUCGGAUAAUAUUAGGCGGAGUCGUCACAAAGAGGAAAACAUAUCAUCAGAAAAUACUGCAGAUGAAGAGAAGAGACCAUUAGUAUGA